AUGUUUUCGUUGGUGUUGUUAGGGCUGUUGAAGACACUGAUAUACUGGACCAAGAAAUUUGGAAAAAGAAUGUCCGCUCCAUUUUCUAAGAGGCUCCAUCAGAUGUCUAAACGUACGAGACCUUUGUCUCAAAGUGAACUACUCAAAAUAGCCGUCAAUUUUGGGAGCUCAACAUCGGAUUCAGAAUCUAUAAGAAACAUAACUGUCCAACCGAAUAUUGAUCCUGAAGCGGAGUUAGGUGAAGAACCUUGCGAAGUAUCAGAAGCAAACGUAGACCUAGCAUAUAAUUUGGAUCCAGAAGAGAACACAGAUCUGGAUUUAAAUGACAGAAAUCCACAACGGAACUUAAACAUGCCUUCUUUAUCGAAUUGGGGCCCAUUAGCAGGAAUAGAGACUAAUCAGGUCACUCCAGAACGUAUUGUACGUUAUCUUCUUGACGACUUGCUAUAUCAAGGAAGGACACUUAUAACUGACAGUUGGUAUACAAGUUUGGAAUUGACAGAGAAAAUGCUCGAUUCCAAUACGCAUUUAGUAGGAACAAUUAGAAAAACACGAAAAGGAUUGCCCAAAGAAGUGAUAAAUGCAAAGUUAAAAAAAGGAGAAAUAAUUUCUCUUGAAAACCAGGCUGGCAUAACCAUCAGCAACUGGAGAGAUAAAAGGAAUAUGUAUAUCCUAUCCACUGAACAUGGAAAUGACAUGCAAGAAGUGUCACGUAAUCGGCAAACUAAGAUGAAACCAAAAGUAGUAUUAGACUAUAAUAAAGGCAAAGCAGCAGUUAAUUUAUCCGACCAACUGGGGGCAUACUCUAAUCCUCUAAAAAAAAGCGUGAAGUGGUACAGGAAAGUGGCUUUCGAACUUUUAUUAACGACAUCUAUGAUUUUGUCUAUGGUCAGUUCACGAACAAAAAGGAUUUUGGCGGCUCUUAGCCAAAAUGAUGAAUCGAAUAAUGUUUAUUCUGAGGAAGAAAUCUGGUCUAUGCCGAUAUCUAUUCUUUCAAGUGACAAUAUUUUUGAUCUAGAGACAGCAUUAUCACUUCAUGACCUGCACUCUAUAUUACAUCCGCAUCCGCAACAAAAUUACAUUACAAAUGCGGAAAUAGAUGAGGAUGUUCAUGGAUGCGGAUGCUCCGUAACUAGGUAUGCGGGCCUCUCAGCAUCUGAAGGACGCCUCAUUACGAGUCUGCCUUUUAACGUUAAGACGCCUCCAAGGCUGAUCUUGAACCGCUUAUCUGAGAGGACAGUAAUAAACUUUCUUGAAACCGGCGUAGUGAAAAGAAAACCUGGAUCAGGGAAACCGAAAACUGCUGUUAGUGAUGAGAAGGAGCGUAUAAAAGCUAAAAAGUCAUGUAUAUUUUCCCGUUCAUACGAUAACCAAUCUCGAGUAUUUUCAAAGCAGAAAAUCUCGAUGGCUCAUGUAUUUCACAACAGUCCAGCAGCUAUUGACUAUGAUAUCGGAACGCAAAUACAAAGCUCUCUGCACAGUUGCACAAUGCCACUGAGCGUAUUUACAUACACUCAAAUCAAAUCUGGAUUUGGCUGGUUAAACUCUGCAGCAAUCCAGCAAUGUCGAUGA